GAAUGGUGAGAGGUUGUCGUUUUUCACCGAGUUCCGAUAGCUGCGGAUAUUAAAUCGGAAACCCUUAUUACCUCUCCCCUCAAUAGGCUUAUCUCCGUUUAGAAAAAUGCUCAAUUUAAAACAAGGAUUUAAAAAAUGCUGAAACAAGUUUUACAGGAGUUUCAUUCAUCAUGUUCCUAAAUAAAAGUGAUCGAUAAUAUUUUUCUUUUGAAAGAACAAAAAGUGUAGCGAAUCAAUUAUGAUUACAAUUAUUACUAAUUCACAUGCGCUUGAAUAGUGUGUGCAAUUGAAAGCAUAAAAUGACGUAGCCAUGUCAGGCGGCAACUCGUCAAGGGGCAAGUCCCACGCCCGCCACUCCGGCUGGGAGGAGGCGGGGGGAGAGUUCUACCAAGAGUUAUAUCCUGGGGCCGAGCAAGAACUAUUUGAUAAUCUUCAACGAGCCGAUGCUAACAAGCUAGCGACGCUAUUGCCAUCUAAACAAGCCCGAACUACGACGGUGAAACGCGUGCGGUCUCAAAAUGAACGAAGACAAUCCACCUACGCGCGCACCACUCAGAGCCGGGACAUACAUCUGUCUAUGCUGCCGGACCUAUCAGAGAACCUGUCAAAUGAGGAACGAACAUGGGAGGAGAUCAUGCAGAUCAAGGCCAUGCCGGUGCCCAUGAGCCAAAAAAGGGACCUCAAGGCCAGGCUACAGAAUGCCACGAAACUCCGCCUCGUGGGCUUCGAGCAGCUACAAUGGCGCCAAAGAAAAGUAUGGCAUCGCUUCCGCAUCCGGUCCACCGAAAUUAUGGGCAAACUGAAACUUUGGCAGUCCCCCAUGCGAGAGAUCGAGGGCAGCUUCGGCACUGGUGUAGUAUCAUACUUCCUAUUCCUACGCUGGCUACUAUUCCUAAACCUAGUAAUAUCACUGGUGGUAGUCACCUUCCUAAUAUUACCAAAGACUUUACUAGUCGAAGACACUCAAGAAUGUAAUGAGAAUUUCCCUAACUCGACUGAAUGUUGCUCAGAAGCGUAUUUGGAAAAGAAUUUAACUGACAGUAAUAUUUUUUUCGAUGUGAUACAAGGAACUGGAUGGAUGGAAAGGACUUUCUUGUUCUACGGAGUGUAUAGCAACCAAAUAUAUACGUACUUCUUGGAGGGUUUGCUGGAUUCACGGAUGUAUUAUAACAUGCCUCUGGCUUAUAUACUAGUACCUAUAUCUUGGGCGUUAUUAUCUUUGAUAGCUAUAGUAAGAACCGGAGCGAAAGGAUUCAAAGAGAGGCUAGUAGAGAGCGAAGGACAAUUCUACAUGUACUGUAACCUGGUAUUUGGAGGAUGGGACUUUUGUAUUCAUAAUGAUAAAUCGGCGAAAAUUAAACAUAAGGCGAUAUACAACGAGGUCAAAGGAUGCCUUGAACAGGAGAGGUUUAAAGAGGAAAAACAGCUUAGAAGCAGGGAAACUCAAAUACUGUUGCAUUUAAAACGAAUUUUCAUCAAUUUGGUCGUUUUUGCCAUAUUAAUGGCCUCAGGUAUACUUAUCUAUCUAACAUUUAACUAUACCAUUGAUAAACUCGGAGAGUUAAUAAGUAACGACUCAAAUUUGUCAUCGAAUUUCGACGCUGCUAACGCAACGCUAGCGCAACCUAUAACCUUAAGAUUAUUCAGAGAAGGAUCAUAUUCCUUUAGCCAGCUGCAAACCACCUUACUCGAGUUCCUUCCAUAUAUUUGCAUCGUCGCUUUGAACAUUAUUGUACCAGAAUUAUUCGGCUAUUUAAUCAAAUUUGAAGAUUAUACGCCGGCUAGCGUUAUAAUAAUAACAUUGCUCAGGACAGUACUGCUCAGACUAUCUUCCUUAGGCGUUCUUUUAAGCCAAAUAUAUCACAGAAUCACAGGGAAACACGGUGGAGUGUGUGCAUACAACAACGAUGAUUCUCUUGCCUUAGAAUGUUGGGAGACAUACGUAGGCCAGCAACUAUAUAAGCUGAUACUUACCGAUUUCGCGUUACAAUUCUUCACAACAUUCUUUAUUAAUCUGCCUAGAGCUUUCAUAGCACGGCAUACUGUUAGUCGUUGCUUUAAAAUCAUUGGCGAACAAGACUUUUAUUUACCUAAACAUGUCUUAGACAUAGUUUACACACAAACUAUCAUCUGGAUGGGUACGUUUUUCUGUCCAUUUCUACCUAUAAUCGGGACUGUGUUCUACUUUAUAAUAUUCUACGUGAAGAAAUUCACUUGCUUAGUGAAUUGCACGCCUUCACCAGUCGUGUAUAAAGCGUCUAAAUCUAAAAGUCUCUUCAUGUCAGUAUUGCUACUAGGUUUCGUUGUGUCUAUCGUCCCAGUAGCUUAUUCUAUCGCUGAAUUAGAUCCUUCAGUUAACUGUGGGCCUUAUAGAGGUCUGACAACUGUGUGGUCAUUCGCUGUAAGCACUUUUGUAAACUUACCACCCGCUAUAAGAGCAUUCGUGUUUUUCAUAGGAACGUCAACUUUCGCGAUCCCAGCGUUCGCUGUUAUGCUUUUCGCUUUAUACUACUAUUGGGCUGUAGCAGCAGCUAAUAGGCAUAUGGUGGUUGUUUUAAAGAAUCAGUUAGUCCUAGAAGGGCAUGAUAAGCAGUUCUUGCUGAACAGAUUGAGCGCUUUCAUAAGGCAGCAUCAGAAAAGGUGUGAGAGAAGGAAUAGAGCCAGUUUCGCAGACGAUGAUGCGUCGAUUAGGCAGAGCUCUAGGUAGUCUGGCGAAUAAAUAAGCGAUGAUAAGCGAUGUUACGAUGUUAUGAUUAGGACUUAUUGUACAGUACUGUCGAUGCAAAAAGAUCUACACGCAAUUGUGUUAUACUCCUUCUAAGCUAAAUUUGCAAAUAAAGGAGUGUCAUUUUAAACGUUAUAUUUUCAAAAUUUGACAUUAAUGAUGACGCUACCACACUUUGUCAUUCAAAAUGCGAUGCAGUUAGCUUGGUCCGAUUUUAUCCAAAAGUGAAGUAUAAAUUACGUUAAUUAUCUUAGUGUUUACAUCAAGAUUUGUCUUCUGCUCUUUAAAAGUAUUACGAAGGCAUGAAAGAUUUGAUGAAUUAUAUCAAAUGGUAUUUUGCAUUGCUAAAUAUAAAAUAAAAGAGAUAGGUAGACAAAUACACGUAUAACACACAUUAUGGAUGGAUGUAUCUUUUUUUUAAAGAUUUGUAAGAUAAUACCAAUCAAGAUAAUACCUAAGUAUUUGAAUUAAAUGAAAUAUCGGUGUAUAAUAUGUAAAUUUAUGUAAUAAGAUGAUUUUGAAGACUUGUUCUAAUCGAAAUUAUGUCAAACAUCGAUUUGACUAUAGCCCCAUGUUAUUUAUACUAUAAAUUAUUUCUUUUUUAUAAUGAGUGUUUUUUAUAAACUUUAGCUCACAUUAUCUUCCAUUUUCUCUUAUUGAAUGUUCUUUUUAAUGUUUUAUUGUAAUGAGGGUUUCAGCGAUCGAGUUUUUCACUAGAUGACAGCACCGUGGCGAGAGGUCUAGCUGUCAUAAUCCACCAAUCAUGUUUAACCAUGUUUUUUUUAUUGGUGGAUUUUGACAGCAGCUGUCAAAAAGACAUCUCGUCACGGUGCUGCCAUCUAGUGAAAAUCUCGAUCGCGGAGACACUAAUUAUAGUGAAUAUGUAAAUGUUGUACUAUAACUACUGUAAUUAUAAAUAAAAGGCUGCUAGUCAAGUAAGAUUAACUCCAUGUGGCAGUGUCUGGGACAAAUGUCACGUUAUCAAGCAAAAGGGCAAUCAAAAUGGACUAUAUCAAUAUCCAACAAUAUGGUACCGUUUUGCCGAAACCGUCACAAAUAUUUAAAAAAUGCUUACACUCUUAUGAAUUCAUUAAACUUAGAAGCCUCUUAUAAAACAAAAGUGUCAAAAAAUUAGACAUCUUAUCAACGAUUUGUUAGAUUUUACAAACGUUUAUGAAUACAGAUGUAGUGGAUAAUUGUUUUCCAUCGUAUUUUCUCGGAAACCCUCGUAUUUGUCAUGCUACUUCAGUGAAUGUCAGUACUUUGUACCGAGACUGACUGAAAUAGCAAGACACGUUCGUACGUUUCCGUGAAAAUACGAUGGAAAAUAAUUAUGCACUACAUCUUAAGUAUAGAUGGUCAAGCAAAUCUUGUCAGUAGAAAAAUGCGCGAAAUUCAAAUUUUCUAUGGG